AUGUCGUCGAUCAAGAACAACCAUCUCUGGAACGUCAUGGAGCGCUUCGAUCUGGUCCAGAACAUGCGCGCGGGCAACGACGCGGACUUUGCGUCUUGGUUGCUUCAGCUCGGCAACGGCCAACUGCCCGCGGUCGACGGCGUUCCGGACACGGUGGAAAUCCCGCAGGAAAUGGUAUGCGACGUUGCCGAUUUAAUCGAUUUCGUGUAUCCGCAGCAAAUGUCGUUGGCCAACGUCGAAGAAUUUGCUCGGAGAGUCGUCGUGUGUCCCACCAACGAAGAGUGCACACAUAGAAAUCUGCGGUAG